AUUCUUCCGGGGCGCCAUAAACAGGUGAUAAGCGGAAAAAUUGUCGUAUCAUCCUUACACAGGUAUGAGGUCUGAUUGCCGUGCCUGUUUGCAUGCCACUCGUGUUCAACGAUGAACGAUAGAACUCAUAAACGCGAAGGUUAGACCGCACAUUGCGCCGUUUGUAGGGUGACACUAUCCUUGGGGGAUUUUUUUUUUAGUCUUAUUUUACAAAAGUUCACUCGUCAUGUCCCAAGACGACGAUAAGAUCAAGAGCGGCGAUACAGUUGCAAAACCCGAGAACGACACCACGAUGAAUAAAACAAACACUGCAGAAACCGUCAAUGCGUUGUUGAAUAAACCAAGUACUUCCGACGAUUGGGCCAAUAAUGUUAAAUCUCAGGAAUUGGUGUCUAACGUACGUGAAAAUAUGGUAUCAAAAGCCACUGAAUUUUUGAUAAAUAAAUCUGUACAACACAGGCCAAUUGAAAAUAAAGUUGAUUUCCUUCGUUCAAAGGGAUUAACAGAUCAAGAAAUAACAGCAUCGUUACAGAGAGCUGAAACAAGAUGCAAUCAAAUUUCUUAUCACAAUCCAUCACCUGUUCAUUACAAUUCGUCAGCUAUGGCUGGUGUUGUUCAAACUCCGUUUGAAGCCCAGAACUGGUAUAGACGGCUUUUUGGACCUAUAGCAUUUGCUGCUACUUUUGCAUAUAUUGCCUAUCAGAUAUAUAAAAAGUAUGUAGAAAGCUGGUUGUUUGGUGUAAAAAAACCAUCGGUGGGAAAUCGUUUAGAAGCUCUUGAGGUAUCAAUGCAAAGAGUUUUAGUGCUCUUAGAGGACAAAAACAUUACAUCUGAUGCUUCAUAUAAUGCACACAUUGAUCGACAAAGAGAACACGAUCAAUUACGUUCUGAAUUGAAGAUUAUUAAAAGUUUACUUCUUAACAAAUCCCAAUUUCCGCCUGCUCCUAUGGCUUCCAGUAUACCUCAAUGGCAACUACCAAAAAAUUCUAAACUUCAAGUGGAACAACAAAACAAGGUCAAUGGUACUGACUCACCUGGGAAGACAGACCAAAAGCAAGUUAAUAAUAUGUACAUACCUAGUACAUCAAAACAAAACAAAUCCAAUGAUAUUUCAACUCCAAGCACUUCUCAACACGAGCCUUAUAAAAUUUCAGUAUUGGAUUUACCUACUAGUGUUAUCGUGGAUGAAACAAUUUCAAAUUAUGAUAUAUUUAAUGGAAAAAUUUUACCAAAGAAUUCUGACCAAAGUAUAAUAAAACGUGAUGUUGAUCAAAGUGAUGAAAAUAAACAAAGUGUAAAUAGUGAAAAUUUAAUUCUGUGAUAUUAAAUGUGUAGUAAAUAUUAUUAUUUUUUUAAUACAUAUUUACAAAUCUAUAUGAAAAUGAUACA